AUGUCUAGGUCAACAUUGGGGGUUUUAUCUUCCACACAUAUUCUGAUUAAUAGAAUAAUACAGAGAAAUCAACAAUCAUACAAACUCUUCAGCACUUACCGCAGCUUAAUGAAUAGACCGGAUCUGUUCAAACCGAAUAGAUAUAUGUCGCUGAGUGAUCGGGUGACCAAGUCUCAAUUACUAGCACAGGCCCCUAACUCAUUGAGCAGAUUGUUGGUUCACAUCAAAUGGCCUUUGAUCCGAAAUAAUCGACCAUUUUCUGUUGAUGAUUUUUCAGCACUUAUAUCCUGGUUAGUCAUGGGGAAUGUUUUGUGGAUUAUCCUUGGUACUACAACUUUUGGAUUGGUAACUAUGUAUUCUAUUCAUACUUUUGAUAAUAUUUGGGAUACUAUUUCGUCCAAGAAUAAUGGCAAUGAUGAUGAUGAUAACGAUCAUGAAAAAACUUUAUCUGAUCAGAGUAUUUUGGGAUAUAUUACUGGCUCUAUAUUGUCUCAAGGUCUUGGUAUCAAAUUUGAAUUCAAAAAGGGUUCCGUCUUACCAGAAUGGAAAGAUGGUAUGUUGAGAUUUAAGAACUUUGAUGUAUUCUCAUUAGAAAAUAAUGAAAAUUCGUUGGAUAUCCAUGCCCGUAUUGAAGCAAUGAAUAUUUCAUUAUCUUUCGGUAAGUGGUAUGAAGGUAAUGGUUUGAUUCAUGAUAUUGAAAUUUACGGUAUGAAUGCUAAUGUCUAUAAAUUGCUUGAUGAAAGUCCAAAAAUUGAAGUUCAGCAAAAAGCGCAAACUCUUGAUUCAAUGGCACUUUCUUUUAGUAGAUAUAACGAUCAUUAUCAUGAUUUGCAUGAUGAAUAUUUAAAUGAUUUACAAAAACAUAAACAAUCUCAAAGAACCUCAUUUAUUAACCCAAAUUAUAUUUUAUCAAAUAUUAAAAUUCAUGAUAGUGACAUUGAGUUAUAUAAUUCAAAAUCGCCAGACGUUAAACCUUUCAAAAUUGCAAUCUUCAAUUGCGAUUUACCAAAAUUACGUGGUGAUAAAUUAAUCAUUGAUUUCUUCAAUGCUAAUAAUGUAACUGGGGCAAUAAAUGAUUCAAUGUUCACCAUCCAUAAGAAACAGCAAUAUAACACUACUACAAAUGACCGUAUGGUGACUUUUAAACUAGAUGGUAUUAAUUUGGGCUCGAUAUUUAAUACAAACCAUUCUCUGAAAUUCAAUUGGAUUCAUAACGGUAAGGCCGAAAUUAUCGCCAAUAUAAGAUUACCUCAAUUAGAUGAUGAUUCCGAUAAUUUUGAACCUUCUAACUACAAGAAAAUUGGUAAAGUUUUUUCAAAAAUGUUUGAUGAAUUAGCAAAUGUCACAAGUUUUUCUAAUUCCAAUACCAACCAAGAAAUUUCUAAAGAUUCAAACGAAGAGAGUAAUCCAUUAAUAAAAUCAGCAUUAGCUGCAAUUUAUGAAACUUUCAAAAAAGACUUGGAAUUUGAAAAUUCCUCUGAUCAAAUUUCUUCAGAAUAUGUUUUGGUUAAUGUCAAAGUUAAGUUUUCUAACUUAAAAGCUUCAUUACCAAAACAACUACCUACUGCAUCUUCAACUUUAAUUCCUUUUAUUUCAUUACAUGAUUUGAGAUCUUUAAUCGCAUUCAUAAAUAACUAUGACCCUGAUAAUAAUAAGUCUCCAAUAAUUAUCAAAACAACCGUGAUUGAAAAAUUAUCAGAAUUAUAUAACUUACAAGAUUUAUCACAAGCUAGAAUUUUCGAUGUCAUUGUUGGUGAUAUAUAUGAAGACUUGUUGAAGAUGGUCAAAUGGGAUGAAAAGAGAAUAAUUGAACAAAAAUCAAGCUUGUGGUCUCAUUCCUUAGCAAGUCAAUUAUUAUUAUUGGGAUUAGGUGUUUUGGCUUAG